AUGUUAGAUCAAAAUGCAAAAAGGAAAUUUUCAGAACUGAAAGAAAAAUGGAUCCAUCUUCACAUAGAACAUGUCUGUUUAAUUGAUACAAUUGCAGGAGCUGAUGAAGAAACCCAUGAAGGGGUUAUGUUCCCUUAUGGUCAAAGUGAAUUACAGUGUGGAGAAAGAGUUCAUUCUGCUACUCUUGAUGAAAAAUCACAAGCCUCUAUUUUCAGCAUUUAUCAUAUCAGAUACUCAAAUCCAAGUGGGAAUGAUCCAGGUGUAGUAAUGGGAAAUUCACCAAAACAACCUGCAAUCUUCGUAUCAAUUGUUUGUGAAGUCUUGGCAGGCAAAAGAGAUCAACUUGGUAUCAUUCACUACACAAGAUGGUACAUGUUGAGUCAUAAGGGAGAAGUUGCUCAAGGCCCUUCAUGUUCUUUUUGA